AUGAAAAAGUCUCAUAAAAGUGGUAAAAAAUCAACAUCUAAGAAAGUAGAUGCCUCUAAAUCAGUGAUCAUACUACUUGAUUUCAAUCAAGAUACUUAGCUAUACAGCUUAGACUAUGCUGGGUUCGAAUAUCAAAGUAUUAUUAAUCAAUAGUUAUCAAUCAUAAUAGGGAUUAAGCCAGAUGAAAACAAGGAUGCAGAAAAAAAGCAAGAGAAGCAAGUAAUAUAGAUACUAAACCCAAAGAUUAAAAAGGAAAACUCUGUUUAGAUUAAGGAUGAGGUAAUGGCAGAUCAAUCAAGCAAUAACAACAACUCAUUUUCCAAUAUAAAAAUCAAAGCCCAGUCACCUUUGCCUGAAGAUGAAGAGGAUCAGAACAAUGUUACCAACUACGAUUAGAAUGAUGUCAAGAAUGAAAGCGUGUAUUCUUAAUAAGAUCCCUACCAUUUGGCUAAGAUCAACAUGAUUAAUAAGAUCGUGGUACCUUCAGCAGCUGCUGAUUGGUUUAAUCUUGAAGAUAUUAAUGACAUCGAAAAAGAAUCUCUCCCAGAAUACUUCAAUGGCAAAUAUCCUUCUAAGACUCCAUAGAUUUAUAAGGAGUAUAGGAACUUUAUGGUAUAGUUAUACCGCCAAAAUCCAAUCGCUUAUCUCACAGCAACAAGUAAUGAUAGAGUUAAACUAAUAAUUAAUAUAGCUUGCAGAAGACAUCUUGCGGGAGAUGUAUGCUCUAUCAUUAGAGUUCAUAGCUUCUUAGAGUAAUGGGGUCUCAUUAACUUCAAUGUUGACCCAUAUGCCAAGCCUCAUAAAAUUUCAGUUAUCAAAGAGGCUUCUUACAAUAAAGUGCUAGUAAAUGCUGCAAAUAAAUAUCUCUUAUGUAAUAAAUUGAGUUUAUUAAUAUUUACAGAAAAAAACGAGGAUGAGUAUCUAAAUAACCUUUUUGAGAUAGAUCAGCCACAAUCUCAGACCAAACUUCAAGCCUCCAUAGAUUUCUAAAGUUUAAGAAAAAUCAACAUCUUGACAAGCAAAGAUAGACCAUUCUGUGCAUUCUGCGAUGCUUUAUGUGGAUUCAAUUGGUAUCAAAGGAUUAAUACUGGAGAAGAUGAAUAGACAAACUUUCAGCUAUGCGAAUCCUGCUUUAGCAAAGGCAACUACCCAACUAAUCUAAGUGAAAAAGAUUUCUAGGUAAAAUGUCUAUCUGAGGAAUAGUGGGAUAGGAUCUAAAAAGAAAUCAGCCCAGAGGUUGAAAUUCAAGCAAAGGCUAAGAAUUCAAGUUUGACUCAUGAGAGCUAGCAGAAGUUGCUUUCAUUAGUCAUGCAGAAUGGUGAUGAUUGGAAGAAAAUUGGUGAAGAGAUGGGAUUCAAGAGUAAGAAAGAGGCUAUUCUGGAAUUCCUCAGAGCUCCCAUAGAUGAGUUCGAUCCUAACGAUCAUUAAUAUGUAAAGAUGGCAGCACACAAUCCAGAGGAAACUCACAAAGACAUGAGAGAUGUGGAACCGUAUAAUCAAGUAGAUCAGCUCUUCUUAUAAUGCGAGUUACUUUAGUAAUUUGCCUUCCAGUCUGAGAAAAAGUCCAUAUUAGAAGUUGAAUCUGAUGGAAGAGGAAUUGAAAGAAAUGAGGACAGUGGACAAUAGUCUAGGCAAGAUCAGACAUGA